CCGGAACGGACGUAUUGAUCACGGGUUCUCAUUGGAACGUGCGUGGAACCAAGGAUAGGUGUCAAAUUCUCGAAUGAUUGGCAGCGAUUUGUUUGUUUUGAGCGACGCGUAAACAAAGUGACACGAUGAGGCCCCAAUUAGCGGCCAUGGCCAUUGUCAUGGUGCUGGCUGCGAUCUGCGGUCUUGGCACUGGUUCCGUGGUGGAAGUUCCCGGAGUCACCCAGGCACCACCACUCCCACCUCGCAACCUCCGAGGCAACCAGACCCGGUCGCGCAUGCCCAACAACUUCCGAAGUAUUGCGACCACCACAAGUGUUCCCAGAUGCGACUACAAGGAGCUCAUGACCAAUCUGCACGAUCGCAUUGGCAUCUUGGUGACCUUGGACGAGGACCAGCGCCACCGCCUGGAAGUCAUCGAUAAGAAAUUGGAUCGGCUAGUGGAAAGCAGUUCAGCCCGCAUGGAAUCGAUGAAGGCGCAGCAAUUGGACUUCCUCCAGCGAUUGGACAGUUUUGAGCACAUCCAGCGGCUUUCGAGGAGCACUCUAGAUGAGCUCAAAGGUGAAACCGAUCAGGUUUUCGGUCCCCGCAACAUUAGGGAGCUAAAACACAAGCUAAGAAAUCGCAUGAAGAUGAAGGAUAUCUCGCGCAAUGUCCGCGAUGUUUCGCAGCAACAGUAUCCCAUUUCGGGAACUGGUGCAUUUAACGAAUCCAACUUGAACGUCUCAAGUCGCCUGGAUGCCUUGGCCACUCUCUUGACUUCCACUGCGCUCAGUGUCAGAUCGGUGCAGAUUGAAGUGGCCAAUCUUUCACGUGCCAUUAGGCGCCAAAGCCGUUUGAUCCAGGGAAAAGGAUUGAAAUCGACAGGAGAACAGACUUCUAUAUUCUAUGGACCACCAGGAGUAAAUGGACCACCAGCUGCACGGCACUUGCAAACUAGUUGUUCCUAUUCCUUCCUUGCCAAACACGGAAUUCUAAAAAUCCAGCUCACACCCGAAUCGGAAUCCUUCUACGUGUCUUGCGACGAGGACUGGACUGUUAUUCUGAGCCGCAGCUCCGAUGAUGUGAACUUCGAACGCGGCUGGCUGGAUUAUCGCGAUGGCUUUGGAAAUCUGGCUGGGGACUUCUUCAUUGGUCUUAACAAACUGCAUGCCCUCACUUCAUCGGCCCUGCACGAACUGAGGAUUGUGAUGGAGGACUUUUCGGGCAACGUGGCGUAUGCGGGCUACUCGUUGUUUGCCAUUGGCAGCGAAAAGGAACUAUUUCCGCUCGUCCUGCUGGGCCAGUUCCAGGAUAAUUUGACUCCCUCAGCUGGAGACUCAUUGUCCUAUCAUGCCGGAGCUAAGUUCAGCACUGUGGAUCAGGACAAUGACAACUGCCUCGAGUGCAAUUGCGCGCUGAGACACAAGGGUGCUGGCUGGUUUAAUAACUGCGCAAAGAGCAACUUGUUCGGUGAAUACGUCACGCAGAACAUUGGCCAAGCUGGAGAAACUGGGAUGUGGUGGGAUACGUUUUCGGGACAGAACUCGCUGAAAAGGGUUCGUUGGCAGAUUCGUCCCGUGUUGGAAGGAUCAGAUGAUGCCAGACGAUAGGAAACCAUAUAUCCAUUUCCUACUUGCGUCUCCGAAAUCAGGGAUAACCCACAAUCGGUUGCUUGCAUUUUAACCCUAGCUUUAGCUUUGAAUCUCGUUGUGCGUGUGUGUGUAAUAUUUAUGGAAAAUUACUUAAU